ACUAAAGUAAGUAAAAGUAAAGUCCUAAGCCCUAAGCAGCGUGUUUUUCUUCUCCGACUCUGUGUCUUUCUCCACUGACUCAGCGAUGGCCAUUAUCUCUGAUUACCAAGAAGAUGAGAAUCAUACAAAAGCAUCUCCCUCGUCUUCUUCUUCUUCUGCGUCACAAUCACAACCCUCUUCCUUUAGCGCCAACUUUGAUCCAUCAAACCCAAUAGGUUUUCUGGAGAAAGUAUUCAACUUCAUCGCACAAGAGAGCGACUUCUUCCAAAACGACAUGGCCGAGAAGGAGAUUGUGUCGUUGGUGCGCGCUGCCAAGGCGAAGAAGGAAUCCAGAGCCGCCGAGGAGAGGGCGGCCGCCGAUAAAAAGUUGAAGGAAGCUAAGAUGGCGGCGACUGCUGCGAAGAAAGAGAAGGAAGUGGAAACAAAGGAGGAGGAGGAGGAGGAGAAGGACCAGGAAUCUGGUUCAAGUGGCUCAAUAGUUCCAAACAAAGGUAAUGGCCUGGAUCUGGACAAAUAUUGUUGGACUCAGACUCUACAGGAGCUCAAUGUGAAUGUUCCAGUGCCAAAUGGAACGAAAUCAAGGUUUGUCAUCUGUGAGAUAAAGAAGAACCAUCUAAAAGUUGGACUCAAAGGCCAGCCACCAAUUAUUGAUGGGGAGCUAUAUCGACCUGUUAAGCCUGAUGACUGUUAUUGGAGCAUAGAGGAUCAGAAAACACUUUCUAUUCUUUUGACCAAGCAUGAUCAAAUGGAGUGGUGGAAAUGUCUGGUAAAGGGUGAUCCUGAAAUUGACACACAAAAAGUUGAACCUGAGAACAGCAAACUUUCUGACCUGGAUCCUGAAACUCGACAGACUGUUGAAAAAAUGAUGUUUGAUCAGCGGCAGAAAUCUAUGGGCCUCCCUACAAGUGAUGAGCUCAAUAAGCAGGAAAUGUUGAAGAAAUUUAUGAAUGAGCAUCCGGAGAUGGACUUCUCGAGGGCAAAAAUAUCAUAAGUUGUGCUGUGAUAUUGGCGUGCUUUUUUAUUUUUUUGUCUGACCUCACAUGCAUGCUUGUGCGGCUCUCAUUCUAUAAUGUUUUCUGUUUUCUCUCUCUUCUGGGAUUGUGAACACAUGAACUUUGUUCGUAACAGUUGAUUUUGUGGGUAUAUUGUGCUUUUAACAAAUUUAGGGUCAACCACUUUUACAUACUUUUCGGGAUAAUCUUCACUGAGUACAUGUUCUCGACACCGUUCUGGUUUAGCCGUCUAAAAUGUUGGAUCGAACUUUCUUAAAUUGAUUUCUCGACAUUAUGGAAUUAUUAGCCUUAAUAUUGUAAUAGAGAAAUUUCGCUUU